GAAAACAGAUGUCGGCGUGCGUCUCGCGUCUGUUACUUAAGAGUUGUAAACUAGGCUGUAAGCUCUUCCUGUUGAGUGAAUCGACUUUAUCAUACCAUUCGGAGGUAGAAGCAGGGAAGAAGCAGCUGCCACUUACCGCAGCAUUGGGAUGGAUAUGAAAGAGGACAUGUGUGACACAAACACCAUGGAGAUCAUGACUGUAACGAUUAAGGAAGAGGACUGUGAGUGGGAGUCUGACCACUCCGAACAGGAAAGUCUCAGCAUUAAACAUGAGGAUUAUGAGCAGGGGACUGUGGACAUUAAAGAAGAGGCCGAGGAAACGUCUGUCAGCAUUGAGAAACCCAAACAUAACAACGUCAAGCUGCGGUCCGAGUCACUAAAGUGCGACAAAAUGAGAACGGAGGACAUUUCAUCUGUUCGAAGUCAGGUAGAUCAGCCGUCACCUUCAAAUCAGUCUGGGAAAACUCUGAUAUCCGGGUCCAAGGCACUGACGCCAGCCGCUUUAGAAAGGAGUUCUCUGCCUGUUGUGAAACUAACAAGGAGAGAUAAAAGGAGUGUUCAACGACAGGUGCACAGCACAAAUUCAGCUGCUUCAUGUGUAUUUCACGAGCGGAAGAAAAGGUUUAAACAAAAACUGAAAUACAAUAAUGAGCAAGGCAGUCGUAAACGAAAGAAGCCACAUUACUGUACAGAAUGUGGUAAGCAAUUCUUCUGCAGUAGCCUGCUUAAAAAUCACACAAGAAUUCACAGUGGAGAGAAGCCAUAUUCCUGUUCAGAAUGUGGCAAGCAAUUCUCACAGUCGGGCAGUCUGUAUAACCACUCAAGAAUUCACUCUGGGCAGAAGCCAUAUUGUUGUACUGAAUGUGACCAACGAUUUGUUAGCAAUAGCAGCCUUAGGAGACACACCCGAAUUCACACUGGAGAGAAGCCAUAUUGUUGCACUGAAUGUGGCAAGCAAUUCUCGCAAAUAGGCAAUCUUCUGGCCCACCAAACAAUUCACACUGGAGAGAAGCCCUAUUGUUGUAUGGACUGUGGGAAAGAAUUCUCAAGGAUCGUCCACCUUAAGAAACACAGAAGAGUUCACAGUGGAGAAAGGCCAUACUGCUGUUCUGAAUGUGGCAAACGAUUCACCACCAGCAGUAAUCUUCAGAGACAUUCAAGAAUUCACGCUAGAGCGAAGUCGCAAGCACAGGAAUAACAAAAAGAAAUGGCCAGGUCCAUCUCCAUCAAUCACUGUAACUCCAAAAACUGCAAAAGGAUGUGUUAUUGGGAAGAAUUCAAGUGGUACAGCAGACCCUCGCUGUACAUUUAAGGGAAUGAGUUACCGCAUUACAACAGAAACUUCGUGCUUUAAAGGUGAGGUUCACUUCUGUCUUAAAAGGAAGCACACCAUGAAAUUUUGAAGUAAUUACACAUAAGAGAAAAGCCAAAAGCAACCUAUAAAUACAAAAGUACAAUACAAUACAGUUUAUUUUUGUAUAGCCCAAAAUCACACAGGAAGUGCCACAAUGGGCUUUAACAAGUCCUGCCUCUUGACAGCCCCCCAGCCUUGACUCUCUAAGAAGACAAGGAAAAACUCCCAAAAAACCUAGUAGGGAAAAAAUGGAAGAAACCUUGGGAAAGGCAGUUCAAAGAGAGACCCCUUUCCAGGUAGGUUGGGCAUGCAGUGGGUGUCAAAAGAAGGGGGUCAAUACAAUACAGUACAAUACACAGAACAGAACAAAUCCUCAAUAAAAAAUAAAAAAUUUUUCGAAGUACGGAGCAGAAUUUAACAGUAGAUGAUAUCACAUAAUUAAAUUUGGAUAGUUUUAGACUCCUGGAGACCUCAUCCAUCAAGCUGCCUCCCCCAUUUGGCCAUUCCACGGCUGAAACAGUGUUGGGCCAGCCAAUCCGAUGAAAGGACCCCUCUUUCCCACGAUUCCUGCGAUCCUCCAUCAGGGAUGACUUUACCUUAGGCACGCAAUACAACUUGACAGGUGGGCCGUGGCACCAAGUGCCACAUUUGAGUACCGAGAAGAGAAACUGAAUAGGUGAGGGUUAAUGACCAAUUCUAACUCUCAUGUUACUUAUGUUUUAGUGCUAAUGACUAACAACAGAGAUGCAGUCUGUACAGUUAAUCAGCAGCUCUAGUCAGGGUGUGCUAAACUGAAGUAGUGAGUCUUCAGCCGGGAUUUAAAAGCUGAGACCGAAGGGGCAUCUCUUAUAGUAGUAGGCAGACCAUUCCACAGUUUAGGGGCCCUGUAACUAAAAGCUCGACCUCCCACUGUUAUUUUAUUAAUCCUUGGAACCAUAAGCAGACCAGCAUCUUGAGAUCUUAAUGUGCGCUCUGGUUUGUAAGUCAUGAUAAGUUCAGACAAGUAAGCCGGAUCUUGGCCAUUUAAUGCUUUAUAUGUUAAAAGAAGGAUUUUGAAAUCUGCCCUAAAAUUAACCGGGAGCCAGUGUAAGGAUUUAAGAACUGGAGUAAUGUGUUCGUAUUUUCUUGUUCUUGUAAUAAUUCUUGCAGCUGCAUUUUGGAUUAA